UAGUAAAGCUGUCAGGUUCAGGUGAGCCACAUAUAAAAUGCAGACCAAGUUAAACACGCGCACACACAGAGGCCUCGCAUCCCCAAACAGAGGCAGACCUCCAAAACGCCGUCGUCUCCCUCCGAACAGCAGCAGCAGAGCUCCGCCCUCUGAAUCCUAUCACCGCCGCCAUUGUGGGUCCCAGCUUUCCAGGUACACUCGCCCGGAUCUGAUUCUCUUGGCCAACAUUUGUAAUUGUACACUAGCGCGGUUCAUGUAGCUUGCUAGCUAGCUCUAUCAGAUCAGAUCAGAUCUUUUUCAUUGUUUGUGGAUAUUAGGGUCUUGCUUGAUUAGAUUAAGCAAGCAAAGAAAGAAAGAAAGAUAAUGGAAGCGUAUAGUGAAAGUUCCCCAAAAAUGAGAAUAGAUCAUGCCACUAAACAAGGAUCCGAACAAGAACAAACCCAUUUGCCAGGAUUGGAGUUAGAACCUGAGCCAUCUGGUCACAAUCAUCAUAGGUUCCACUCAAUGAACGCCCUAGAAAUCUUGAGGGAAACGGUACGGAUUCUCCGCUUCAAUUCCUGGGGUUUUUUGGCUAUUGCUACCUUGUUAAUCUGCCCCGUGUCUGCCGCCGUGCUUUUGUCGAAUAUGCUAGUUGAUCACUCACUUGUAAAGAGACUAACUGUUAGGAUGUUACUAAUUGCCAAGUCCAGUGGACUCCCCUUGAGGCCUUUCAUCAGCCACUCGUGCCAGAAGUUUGCUGAGACGGCUAUCUCCUCCGCUAUGUGCUUUCCUUUGUACCUCACAUUGUCCUUGUUGUCGAAAGCCGCGCUUGUUUACUCUGUGUAUUGGAGUUAUUCCCUCAAGAAGUUUGAUGCGUCCAAGUUUUACUUGAUUAUGUGCAAAAUCUGGAGGCGGCUUGUUUCUACGUACGUGUGGAUGUGUAUGGUGGUUGUUGGUUGCCUCGCCUUGUUUUUGAUUGUCCUUCUUGCAGUGUGCAACACAUGUUCUAUAUUUGGGCUGUCGCCUCAGCUUAUCAUAUAUGCCGCAAUGGUGGUUGGGCUUAUCUUCUCGGUUGUUUUUGCUAAUGCUAUUAUUAUUUGCAACAUUGCAAUUGUGAUAUGUGUUUUGGAGGAUGUCUCGGGACCAGAGGCAUUGGUUCAGUCUGGGGCUUUGAUCAGGGGCCAGACUCAGGUGGGUCUGCUCAUAUUUCUUGGAUCCACAUUUGGAAUGGCUUUUGUUGAGGGCUUGUUUGAGCAUAGAGUGAAGACGUUGAGCUAUGGCGAUGGGUCUUCUCGCAUAUGGGAAGGGCCUCUUUUGGUGGUUAUGUAUUCAUUUGUAGUGCUUAUCGACUCUAUGAUGAGUGCUGUUUUCUACUUCAGUUGCAGAUCUUUUAGGAUGGAAACAUCUUUAGAAGGUGAAUCUCAUUCAAUUUUGGAAACGAUAACCUUUUCUGCUGAAUCAGUCGGUAUUCAAUGACACUGGAUGUGCCAUUAGCAUGCUUCUUUUCUUCAAUAAUGAUGAAGAUGGUAGCUGCUGGUUGUGGUUACCACGGAUUAAGCAGUGCAAACUUGUGCAUUGGUACACCUUCCAUACAGGGCUUCGGGGGAGGCUAUAACCUCAAGUCCUUCCAUCUCGACAUAUGCUUCAUUUGAGUGCAAAAGUUGCAUACCGAAGAGAUAUAGAUGGGAGCUUGAAGAAUGGACGGUACUUGGAGGUUGCACGUUGCAAAAGUUAAUGAGAUAGUGUCACUUCCUUCAAGAAUAAAGUUAAUAUUCAUAGUUAAAUAGAUAGAUAUAUUUUUUCUGGUAUA